UGCCUGUCCAUUGGUUAAGCUCAGCUCGCUGUUCACCUUGUUUGUGUUUUUGCCGUGAUUUCCUACAGCCGGCGGACGUACAUCAUCUUUUUGCGGAAAGAAAAUAGGAUUCAGAACCCGAAAAUGAGUGACGAAGGUGAAAGUAAACCGGAGCAGGCGGCGAAACCUGAAGCGGAGGAGGAAAGUGAGGAGAAAAUAGAAGAGCAAAGCAUUUCGGAAUCAAAAGUUGAUGAAAAGCCAGUGGAAAGUGAAACCCAAUCGGAUAAUCAGGUAGCCAAAGCGGAGGAGAACACGCCAUCGCAGGACUUUGCCGCCUACGAGGAGCACAUGACCUAUGCAUCGGAUGGUGGAGCCAUCUAUACGGAUCCCAGCACCAAGCAAAAAUACAAAUGGUGCACUACGCAAAACAAUUGGCAACCCCUGAGCGCCGAUGAGGCGGCCAGUGCAGGUGAUCUCUACGAGAACGAGCACUACAAAUGGUGCCCCAAGACGGAGCAGUGGUUGCCCAAGAAACAGGAAACCGAAACGGAGCACUACAAGUGGGAUGAUGAGCAGAAAAAGUGGAUACCCAAGCAGCCGAAUCCCGGACAGGAGGGAGUCUAUGGAGUAGAUGAGCAGGGCGAGCGCACUUAUACGGACAAGGAUGGGGUCGAGUUCUUUUGGGAUGCCGAAAAGAGCGCCUGGUUCCCCAAGAUCGAUGAUGAUUUUAUGGCCCGCUACCAAAUGAACUAUGGAUUCAUUGACAACACGUCGGCGGGGGAGAAGGAGAAGGCUGAAAAGGAGGCGGCCGAGGCCAAGAGAAAGGAUGAGGAACUCAAGCGGAUGACGGCCGAGGCGGAGGCAGCCAUGUCCAGGGAUAACGCGGCAUCCACAGCAGCACCCACCGGCAAGCGAAAGGUCCAAGAGCCACCAAAAUGGUUCGAAAUGGAUCCCUCGCAGAACACCAAGGUGUACGUCUCCAAUUUGCCCCUGGACAUCACCAUGGAUGAGUUUGCCGACCUGAUGGGCAAGUGCGGCAUGGUCAUGCGGGAUCCCCAGACCCAGAAGUUCAAGCUGAAACUGUAUGCCGAAAAAGAUGGCCAGAUCAAGGGCGAUGGCCUCUGCGAUUACAUCAAGGUGGAGAGUGUAAAUCUGGCGCUGAAAAUCCUGGACGAGUAUAACCUGCGGGGACACAAAAUUCGCGUCCAGAGAGCUCAGUUCCAAAUGCGUGGAGAGUACAAUCCCGCUUUGAAACCCAAGCGAAAGAAGAAGGACAAGGAGAAGUUGCAGAAGAUGAAGGAGAAAUUAUUUGACUGGCGUCCAGAUAAAAUGCAUGGCGAGCGCUCAAAGAAUGAGAAAACAGUCAUUAUCAAGAACCUUUUUACCCCCGAGCUCUUUGAAAAGGAGGUGGAGCUCAUCUUGGAGUACCAGAACAAUCUGCGCGAAGAAUGCAGCAAGUGCGGGAUGGUUCGCAAAGUGGUCAUCUAUGAUCGCCAUCCUGAGGGCGUUGCCCAGAUCAACAUGUCCUCGCCGGAGGAAGCCGACCAGGUCAUUCAAAUGAUGCAGGGACGCUAUUUUGGCCAGCGACAGCUAAGUGCCGAGUCCUGGGAUGGCAAGACCAAAUACAAAAUUGAUGAGUCCGCCGUGGAGGCUAGUGAGCGCCUCUCGAAGUGGGAUGAGUUCUUGGCCCAAGAAGAGGCCGAUAAGAAAGCAGCUGAGGAGGAGGAAAAGCAGGAGGAGCAAGAUGACAACUCCCCGGAAAGCCAGCUGCUGCCAGGAGAUGCCACCCCUUAGUUGUGACUUACCUGCGAUCAUUCUCACGCGGUUCCAGAAUCUCCAGCACCACCUCGUUGGCCAACUGGUUCGGAUAAGUGGCGUUCCAGCGGUUGUAGAUCUUGAAGCGAUUCGGUCCGCUCACCUUGGGCAUCUUGUGCUGGCAGAUGAAGCGCAACUUAUCCGAGCAGGGACGCGCCGACCAGCGGUACUUGAGAUUCGGAUCGUAGAUGGCACAGUUAUUAUCCAAUGGUUGGCUGUUGGAGACAAGUUGCACAUAGCUAGAAUUGUUGCUUAAGCGUUAAAUCAAUCUACGGAAAUAAAGGAGGAAAGGAAAGAGCA